AUGGAGUCGGUGCCCCGAGCCCGGAGCGUGGCCAGCAGCGUGUCCCUCGCGUGUCCGCACAGCGCCACGGUCCAGACGCUGCUCAGCAGCAACACCCACCCGCCCAGCAGCCGCACCUGGACCCCGAGCAGCGGCGGGUUUAAGUUCCCCGGCGAUGCUGACGACGUCGAGGAGCGAGAGCUGUUCGUCAGCUACUACAACCGGCUGGCGGCAAAGAAUGGCACGAGCCCCGAGAGACGCGGCUGGUUCUUCCGCAUCUUUCGACCCUCGUCCGGCCAGCCGACACCAGGCAAGGUCACGCCUCCGGGCCGAGCAGCGCACAAGCGGAGUGUGUCUGACCUGGGGGCCUUUAUGCGCUCCAAGCCCGAGGUGUCCAAGGCUCUUGACCUCGCAGACAUAGUGCGGCUGAGUGGGAAGAGCUUGCUGCAUCUCCCCCCUGAAUACGCCCCCUGUGUCUUGAAUCUGCCGACGUGUCUGCGGGCAACCGCCCACUACAUCGCCCAGCACGCCGACACUCGAGGUCUUUUCCGUAUCCCGGGCGCAGUCAAGGUCGUUAACGCCCUCUACGACUACUACUGCGGUGCCCGUGAGAAUGCCUCUGAGGUCUCUGGAACUGUCCACCUCGCCACCCUUCCGACGCACAUCCAGUACCAGGUGCAGGACGUCGCCUCCACCUUCAAGCGCUUCCUCUCGUGCUUGCCAGGGGGAAUUCUGGGAUCGCUGUCCUUGUUUGAUGCCUUUCUUGCCAUCCACUCGCAGCUCAAGGGCCAGCCGGAGUAUCCAAGGACCAAGCAGACGAGGCUUCGCGCACGACUCAUCGCGCUGGCCAUUGGCUCGGUCCAGUCACAGUUCCGCCGCGAACUCAUCAUUACCGUCUUUGGCCUGCUGAGCAUGAUUGGCAGGAUUGGUGAAGUGGCGCCGCGCGAAGACGACGAGGGCAGGCCGCUCCCCACCCACGACCUCAUGGGAUACAGCGCCCUUGGUAUUGUUUUCGGGCCGCUCCUGGUGGGAGACUUGAUCGACGGCUAUACUGUCCAGGAGACUACACCCAACUCUGGCCCGUCUCUCGUCCCGAUAACACCCAAGAAGCAGCGCUGCCGUGACCGACAGAAGGCAAAGGACUCCAAGGAGCCCAAGGACGUCAAAGACACCAAGGACCCCAAAGCUGCUCCCCACGAUAUUAACAAGGCCAUGGUCGCAGUUGAGAUUGCCGAGAUGCUGAUUGCCAACUGGCGAGAUAUCGUCCGCCAGAUGUUCGCCGUGGGCGCCCACCUUGACCAAAACACUGCGUCGACGCAGGCUCCUCUUGCAUCCAUGGCUGUAUCGCUGACGGCCAGCCUGCCCGUCGACUCAGAUGCGGGUGCAGUGGAUGAAGGCAGCCCGGGGCCAGGAGCUUCUCCAGUGUCGCUCAGGAGAGGCAAGACGCGCUUGUCAAGACAGGGAAGCGGCCGACAGCCAUCCGUCACCCAACUGAGCCCAACCUUGGAGGAAGGCCAUCAGGGAGAGGCUGAUCGAGGACGUCGCUUCUUCCGCACCGCUGCCGCUACCAUCGAGACUCAACAGCCACGUGCAGUCAUGGGCAAUCACCCGCCGGUCUCCAAGCCAUUGAACUAG